AUGGCAGAAGUACCUGAAUACAACAACCGAAAGUCGGUCGUCCCGCUUGUCCCCUCCGCCAAGGAUUAUGCUUGGGGUAUCCGUGGAAUGGAUUCCCGAGUUGCCCGAUAUGCCUUGGAAAGCAAGAGUAUCGAUGAAGUCGAUCCAGAUACCCCGUAUGCCGAACUCUGGAUCGGAACUCACCCGAAAGGGCCUUCCAAGCUGAAGUCUGGCGAAGAUUUGCGAGACGUUGUGGGCGAAGAUCUUCCCUUUUUGUUCAAGGUUCUGAGUGCAGGAAAGGCUCUAUCCAUUCAAGCCCACCCUGACAAGGAACUUGCCGCUCGUUUGAAUAGUGAAAACCCCAAUGCGUAUGGAGAUGACAACCACAAACCUGAAAUGGCCAUUGCUCUGACGCCCUUUGAAGCCAUGUGUGGCUUUCGUCAAAUUGAAGAAAUUGCCUUCCUCAUCAAGAAGCAUCCAGAAUUUGCUGCUUGUCUGAGCCAAGAAGCCAAGUUGGCAACCUUUUUGGCCCAAGAUCCCGACAGUCAAAAGGAUGCCCUGCAAAAAGUCUUUUCCAGUUUUAUGCAGUGCGAUGCAACAGUUUCGUCGAAAAAUUUGGCUCUGCUAUUGCUGAGAUUGCAAGCCGAACAAUCCAAAUUUCAUCGACACCCCCACGACGAACCUGCCUGGGAGCGCAAGUGUUCUCGGGCUGUGCUGAGAUUGGCCCAACAGUUUCCUGGUGACGCUGGUGCCAUGGCGCCAUUCUUUCUGAAUUACCUAUUGAUUGCUCCCGGUGAAUCCUUUUUCAUGGCAGCCAAUGAACCCCAUGCCUAUGUGGCUGGUGAAAUCAUCGAAUGCAUGGCCUGCAGUGAUAAUGUGGUCCGAGCAGGAUUGACCCCUAAAUUCAAGGAUGUUGACAACUUGGUCGAAAUGUUGACCUACAGCAUGGGCGGACCAACCAUUGAUGCAGGAGCAUACAUGGAAGAGACUGGAUCCAAGGUGAUUCGAUACACACCACCAGUUCCAGAAUUUGAAGUCAUGAUGUUGCACAUUAAUCCGGGAGAAACAUUGAAUUACAAGAAUCCUGGAGUUCCAGGCAUUUUGAUUAUUUUGGAGGGAUCUGGUGAACUCGACGGAAAAUUGGUUCGGCCGGGACGUUCUUAUUUCUGGCCCACUGAUUCUCCCGAACUUGAAUUUGUCGUUGCCAAGGAUCGUCGGGGUCCCAUGAAGGUGGCCUUGGCACACAAGAAUUGUCAUUUGCACAGUCCGACCGCCAUUAACCGAAUGAAUUUUGGAGGAGCUUCCAGUCGCCGAACAAGCGUUCCACCAUCUCCAUUGCCAUACAUGGGGUUGGGAAAUACUACACCAUCAUUUGAAAGAGAAGAAGCCAUCAAGGAUGGGGCUUUGGACCAUGCCAAAAUGCCAAAGUUGUAA